UUAUGUAGAAAAAGGUUUUUUGAUGUGACAAAACUUUGAGAAAAAUCGAUGAAUGAAUAGCACAAUCAUCAAAAUUUCGUGUAAAACAUGAAAACAAACUGUGUUUUUGUUGUGUUUUUUGUAAGCAAUAACAAAUUUUAGUUGUUGUUAUAAAGUUAAUGCAUGUAAAUGUUGUUAUUUUAAUUAUGCAGUUUUAUUGUGCUAAAGUUAAAUAAAUCGCCUUACCCCAAACUCUCUCUCACACACACACCCACACAAUGGCUGGCAAUGACAAUGGCAAUUAUAUGAUGAAUUUUGAGAAUAUCCUUGAAGCUGGCAAGGAACCAGUUAUGACCAAAGAAUACAAUCCAUUGGUAGCAUUUAAAUUAGAAAAGAAUCUCGAUCCAACAAAACUGAAAAAACAUGUCUUGCAAAGUGAAAGAAUACGCCAGCUAAUCGAUUACUAUGCGGCCAAACAAAACUGUCCCGCCAAACAGAUGCAACAAUUGGUGUCUGAGAUAUUGGACGAAAUUGGUUUGGAUCGCAAUUUGGCCAUUAUACGCUGGUGUGGCAUUGCCAUAACAGCCAUUGGCAAACGCAUCUGUAAGGGAAUCUAUGUGAACAAGGCCAGCAUGGAUCACCUGAAGCAGGGUUUGGGCAAAAAUCCCGUACUCUAUUUGCCCAGUCAUCGAAGUUACAUGGAUUUUAUAUUGAUGUCAUAUAUUUGUUUUCAUUAUGACAUUGAAAUACCGGGAAUUGCUGCUGGAAUGGAUUUCCAUUCCAUGUUUGCCAUGGGCACAAUGCUGAGAAAAACCGGUGCCUUCUUUAUGCGACGCUCCUUUUCGAAUGAUGAGUUGUAUUGGGACAUAUUUCGCGAAUAUAUGUAUGCCUUGGUUGGUUCCUAUCACAUAGGUGUGGAGUUCUUUAUUGAGGGCACCCGAAGUCGCAACUUCAAGGCCUUGGUACCGAAAGUUGGAUUGCUGUCAAUGGCCUUACAACCCUUUUUCACAGGAGAAGUUUCGGACAUAACUAUAGUUCCCGUCAGCGUCUCAUAUGAACGAGUUUUGGAGGAACAAUUGUUUGUUUACGAGCUGUUGGGUGUGCCCAAGCCUAAAGAGUCGACAAAGGGCUUCUUUAAGGCCUUGAAAAUAAUUGAUGAGAAUUUUGGUAAAAUGUAUUUGGACUUUGGUGAGCCCAUUUCGGUAAAGGACUUCUUUGGCGAAAGCUGCAGUUUGGAUAAAAUGAAAAGGGCCACACUGGGUUCACAUUUGCAGAAAUUAAAUAAACAUGAAAUAGAAUUGGUUAAGAAGUUGGCCACGGAGAUUAUCUACCAACAACAAAGACGCAUUGUUAUAACAACUUUUAAUAUGAUAAGCCUAUAUUUUGCCAGUCAAUAUUAUAUGGAUAAAUCCUUGAAUGUUGAUGAAAUCUCGCGUGGCAUUAUUAUGCUCAAGGAUAUGUUUGAGAAGUUGGGCGCCCACGUGGCCACAGAUGUGAAUUGCAUAAAACCGGAAAUUAUUGAAACCGUUGAAAUACACUCAAAUAUUGUGCAUUUUAAGCAAGGACGUCUGGAGUUCACACAAGUACCGGUAGAAUUGUUGGCCCAGGAAAUUGAUAUCAGUCGUCUGAAAGCCCACGCCCUAUCACCUCGGACCAUGGCUGUGGCUGUGCCCAGUAUGGCAUUGCAGUUGUAUAUGAAUCCCUGUCUGUUUUGGCUUGCCAGGCCUGGCUAUCUGAUUAUGGCUGCACUACAAUUGGAGGAGCAACAGCAAAAAAUGAGCAAACAAAUCUCAGGAUCACACGAGGAAACUAUUUUGCGUUUAUCCCAACAAGUUGAUGCCUUGGAUGAGGUAUUUAAACAUGAAUUCAUUGUCGAAUCUAAUCGGGAAUUGGAGGAAUUUGAGCAUAAUUUGAAAUUUCUAAAAGACUAUGGAGUUUUGCACAUCUCUCAGAUGGGCUCUGUGCAAGUUCAACAUAAUGAAUGUAGCCGCAGUAUUCUUACGGCCCUCUCACCAUUCCUGUGUCUUUACUAUCAACUUGUUGUUGCCUUGAAUACGCUUGCCACGGAGAAUGAUGAGUUCUCGCCAAAAACCAUUUUGAAAGCCGUACAAAAACACAUUGAAUCAAUGCUGUUAACAAAUAGCUGUCCAUUACACGUCCAUCCCUAUUGUUUGGCAUUGGAUAAUCUAAACAUAGCCUUACACUCUCUGGUACAGAGUUCGUAUUUGCUGCGUAAUCGUGAAACGGGUAAUUUUAAAAUAUCUCCAAACAAGUCGUUGCAUGAUUUGGAGGAAUUUCUGCUGGCAUUUUGCAAUUUGAUGCCAUUUAAACAGUAUUGGCAAUGCGCCAUAUCAUCAAAGUUAUAACUUUCAGCCGACUUGAAGCAGACCGCCAACAACAAAAUCACCUCAUUUCUGCAGAGAGUUAAGAAGGUCGUUCAUUCAUUGCUCACAUAUGCCCGCAUUCUAGGUACAUUGGUUGUUAUUGUCAUGGUAAUGCCAUUGUUUCAUUUCAUAUGUAAUCAUUUAGAUUUAAAUUAAUUUUUAAGUUUUAAGGUGUUUUGUUUUUUUUUUUUUUUGUUAUUGUAUUUAUGGUGCAAAUAAUUCCAUAUAUGUCUACACAGUACACCACACGUCUACCAUGACGGUAGAUAUUAUAUAAAUCAAGUCCAAACACCUAUUGAGAAGAGAUUAUUGGUUAGUAUAUAUAGGUACUAUGUAUACAGGGCGAGUUGAAAAAAAACUGCAACAAAGUCAAACGCCAUAAUUUUGAAUUUUUUUUUUCUUAAAAUUUUAUUGAAUGAAAGCUAGAAAUGUCGGAAAUAGCAUCAAAUCUUAGAAUAAGUUUAGAUUUGUUCGAAUUGGUCACCUUUGGCACGAAUUAUGGCCCUCAAACGGCCAAUGAAACCGUCACAUGCUGCCCGAAUGUUGCUCUACGGUAUUUUGGCCCAUUCCCGGCGAAGCACUUGCUUGAGGUGAUCGACACUUUGGUAUUUUUUAGUGCCAACCUUGCUUUCCAAAAUACUCCAGACACAAUAGUCCAACGGAUUGGUAUCCGGAGAUUUUAGGGGCCAUUGUGCACUGGAAAUGAACCAAGGAACCUCACCUCACCAAGAAAUCUUAGUGCGAGGGUGCCGAGUCCUGUUGGAAUGUCCAAAGUCUGCGGCUAAAAUGUUUGCGUGCCCAAGGUUGAAAUACACCAUCUAGAAUAUUUUCGCGAUAAUAUUCGGCAUUUAUUCUGAUAACAAGUCGACUAAUACGAGCAGAGAGCGACCAUUGGCUCUUAUGGCGACCCACACCAUCACCAUGGCCGGCGCUUGAGUUCUGGUGGCCAACCGAAGAUGUACAUUUUCAGCAGACCUCUUUGGCAAGUAAACACGAUCCUUCUGUUUAUUUAAAAACUGCUGGACAACGAAUGUUUUCUCAUCGGAGCGGAGAAAACCAAAUUCGGCAGUUCCCCCCUUUUCGGCCAAGCGAAACAACUCUUUAGCUCUUUUGAGUUUAUUUUCUUUCUGUUGCGGUGUCAGUUUUUGGAAUUUCAAUGGCUUUACCCCGAGCUAAUUUUUCAAUAUUUGCAGAAUGGAAUAUUGCGAUAUGUUCCACCACUGCGACGCGGGUUUCGAUCAAGUCGCUUUUUUUACUUUUCGAACCAUUUCUGCUGAUGUUGCUGGUUUCUUCCGUCUACUUUCUUGACGUCGGGCUACGCUAGCAGUAUCAAUGUAACGAGCGAUGGUACAAAACACAAAAGAUUUAUUCAGAUUAAAACGCUGGAGUGCUCUAACGAUAGCCACUUGUGGUUUCCAGCCAAAUAUAAAGAAACCACUCUAUCACGCUUGAAUUCCAUCAUGAAUAACUUUUUUUUUUUUCUGGAAAAUUCUCACCAAUAUACUUUUGUAAACAAUAUAAUGAUCUGUCACUGGAAUAAUUUUAACAGCUAUCGGUCGAGUGGCUUUGAAAUGACAACAGUCUGAAGUUGGUUGCAGUUUUCUUUAUCUCACCCUGUAAUGAUCUCCACUUGACUAAUUAUUAAUUACUUAAUUUUCCUGGUUUUUUGUUUGAUGAUGAUGAUUUAAAGUAGAAAGAUGGUGUAGCUUAAAAGUGUUGUAUUGUGCUGCAACGUGUUGUUGCACAACCCAGGCAUUACAAAAUAUUCAAAAUAUAAGUACGUUUUACGAAAGGCACGCACGCAUUCAAAAAUAUUCCUCCUUGCUAGUCCAGCCCCAGUCCCAAGUUGUUCUCAUUUACAUUUUGGCCGUGCAUUUAAACGAAAAAAAAUGAAAUUCCAUUACCAAGUCAUUAGUUAAUAUAAUGCAUUUAAAAAAAAACAUUAAUAAUAAAAAAAAUAUUAUGUACAAAAACAA